CACAAAGACAUUUGUAUAUAGAAGAAUAGGCAACUGCUCUACCUAACGAAUGCAAUAGUCUGCUGACUCCUGUCCUGGAUACGGUUAAAGAACUGGGUGCUCUACUGUAAGUUAGCUUCUUUAUCCUAUGCCCGGUAUAACCUAGCCGACGGAUCUGUAGUAACAAUAUUUAGGCGGCAUAGACGCUUGGGCUUGACGAAAUUGGAGCAUUAGCUGCUCUAGCGCAACCACGCGGUGCUAAAGGAGGGUCCAUAGGCUAACGUGACUUGAGCUUGCAAUUAGUACUAGAGAAGUCAAAAGGGAGGAAGGACAUCUUGGCACAAUUUUCAACAGCAGUGACGGAUUCUUGGCGGCCAGAGGUCCAUCAACGCGGGUCAAAGUUUUACAGACAGUCCAACUUAAAGCGAACAAGAUGUCGGGGGCUCUGGCAGCACGCACGGCCCUGGAAGAGGGUGAAAAGGGUCGCGUGGACAAGACGCGCGUGAAGCGCUAUUGGCCUGGCAGGGCUCCGGAGUGGGCUGAGCAGCAGCAAGAGGAGGAGGCCCCAAGGGAGCGCGUGCGUACGGAGGUUGCGGCACCCGUGAUCAUCAGGAGGGCGGACGACCCCCGCUUGGCUCGCCUGCAGCAGUCACGGGGCGCUGACAGGGAGGAGGCGCUGCAGGAGCGCCGGCAAAUCCGCGCCGCGGAGAUUGUGCGACCGAAGCGGGAGCGCAGCGAGGAGCCCGAAUCGUCUUCCUCGGAAGAGGAGGAGGAGGAAGAGCAGCAGCAGCGUCGUGGGGAGGGAGAGGAUGAGGAGGGGCAGCACGUGCGGCGGCGCCGGCGGCAUGAGGAGCGGAGUGAGGAGGCGGAGGAGGAGGAGGGGGAGGGGGCGCAGCCGCAACCGGAGCUGGAUGGUGAUGUACCCGCAGAUGAGAUGCGGCGGCGGGUGGCUCGGAGGCAGGUGGCGGACGAGCAGGAGGAUGAGGAGGCGGCGGCGCGGAGGAGGCAGGCGGUGCGGGAGAGGCUGCUGCAGCAGCAGCGGGAGGAGGAGUUGCGGCGACAGCAGCAGCAACAGCAGCAGGAGGAAGAAGAGGAGGAGGAGGAGUCCUCGGAGUAUGAAACGGAUGAGGACGAUGAGGACGACGGACCCGGAGGGCGGCUGCUCAAGCCGGUGUUUGUGCCCAAGCACGCGCGCGAUACGGUAGCGGAGCGUGCUGCUCUGGAGGCCGAGGAGGCUGCCGCGGCUGCCCGCGAGGCUGCCCGGCAGGCGGAGCGCAAGGAGGGCACCAAGCAGCUGCUGGCGGAGCAGAUGGCGGCGGAGGCGGCGGCGGCAGCGGCGGCGGCGGCGGGGCCUGCGGGCGCGGAGGACAUUGACACGGACGAUGAGGCGGACCCGGUGCAGGCCUACGAGGCGUGGAAGGCGCGUGAGCUGCGGCGCAUCAAGCGUGACCGUGAGGAGCGCGAGGCGGCUGAGAAGGAGGCGGCGGAGCGGGAGCGGCUGAAGAACAUGACGGAGGAGGAGCGGGCGGCGUGGGAGAGGGCCAACCCCAAGGUUGCUCGCGAGGCGUCCCCCAAGAGCCGCUGGAACUUCCUGCAGAAGUACUGGCACAAGGGCGCCUACUUCCAGGAGGCUCCCGACGACACCCGCGGCACCGCCGGCAGCGACGCCAUCUACACCCGCGACUACUCCGCGCCCACCGGCAUGGACAAGGUGGACAAGAGCCUGCUGCCCAAGGUGAUGCAGGUGAAGAACUUUGGGCGCAGCGGGCGCACCAAGUGGACCCACCUGCUGGCGGAGGACACCACGCAGGUGGAGGACGAGCUGUACGCGUCCGUGAAGGACACCCUGGUUCGCCGCCGCAACGAGACCCUGGCGGCCGCACAGGUCUUCACAAAGCCCAAGAAAUUCAAGCGCUGAUGGAAGUGCUGCGUUGUUGGACUGCUAGGAUGGGCUUUAGGGCUGCGGUGGAUUGGCUGUGCGGGUGCGGGUGCGUAGGAGGUACUGGGUUGCGGUGCAUGUAGGGAGUGUGGGUGGGAUAUGGAUGUGUGGGAGAGGGGCUUGUGGGAGGCAUCGGGCUAACGAAACAGGCAGCCAAGAGGCUUCUGUACGGGCAGUGUACCCAUCAAGGAGGACGCAUUCGCGAGUGGUGCUGUUGACCAAAGGCUGUGCAUGGGGCUACAUGGGGUGGUGUACAAAGCCCUGUUGGGCGCGGCCUUGUUGCGGUUUGUACUGGCAGGCUUUGCUGGGUUGUGAUGGAGCGUGUUGUGUGGCACUCGUUCGCAAUAACGUGACACGACACACAUGAUGUGCGCGUGUAUCACCGCAUAUAGCUUGCAUGUGGCCAGGCGGUUGACGAUUGAUUGGGAGUUGGCCAACGUCUUGCAUAACCACCGCUUGCUGGUUAUGCAAAACAUGCAUUGGGUGUCGGGUAUACGACGCAUGGUUCCGCCUUUGGGGCCGUUCUGGGGAUAAGUUUGACUCCAAGGACAUUGUCAAAAGCCUUACGAAACCCUACAUUGGUACUAGGGC